AUGACCCCCCCGCCCUCCACCAGCUCCUGGUCUUCAGCCCUUCUCCCCUCCGCUGACUCCAGCCUCCAACCAUCCACCUCCAAAUCCGCCGCCGCUCUCCACGGCGACGCACCCUUCCGGACAUUGUCGGUCUCUUCUUCUUCCUCCCCAUCAACCUCUCUUGCUAUUUCUCCAACAGGAACCCUCCUCUAUUCCGCUUCCCACUCGGGCAUCGCCGUCUAUGAUAUUCCCUCCCUGCGUCAAAUGGGCACCUUCCGGCCAGCCGCCGCCGGUGCUGUAAGGGCGAUCGCGUUCUCCUCAGACGGCCUCGUUUUCACAGCCCACCAGGACUCGAAGAUCCGAGUUUGGAGAAGCGAGUCCGCCGGAAGGCGCCACCGCCAAAUGGCUUCACUCCCCACAAUGGGGGACUGGUUGCGCCGCUUCGCCCUCCCCAGCAACUACGUCGCCGUCAGGCGCCACCGGAAGCGGCUGUGGAUAGAGCACGUUGACGCCGUCACUGGCCUCGCCGUGAGCGGCGGCCUCCUCUUCUCCAUCUCCUGGGAUAAGACCCUCAAGGUCUGGCAAGCUGCCGACUUUCGCUGCCUCCAGUCGCUUCCAGCCCACGACGAUGCAGUAAACGCCAUCGCCGUUGCCGGCGACGGCACCGUCUACACCGGAUCAGCCGACGGCCGGAUCCGCGUCUGGCGGCGAACCCAAGUGCCGGAACCUCGCCGUCGCCGCCGUGAUGAGGCAUACGCCCACGUGGCGACCCUGGAGAAGCACAACUCGGCCGUUAACGCGUUGGUGCUUUCCCCAGAUGGGCGGGUACUUUGCUCGGGGGCCAGCGACCGGGCCAUUCUUAUCUGGGAGAAGGAGGAGACCGCCGGGGAUAUGUCGGCGGCAGGAGCCAUCAAUGGACACCAGAAGGCCAUCAUGUGCCUUGCAUACAUCGGGCCCCUGCUUGUGAGCGGGUCAACGGACAGGACCGUUAGGGUAUGGCGGCGGAAAGCCGGCGGGGAUUUCUCCUGCGUGUCGGUGCUGGCGGGGCACGCAGGCGGCGUGAGGACGGUGGCGGCAUGCCGGGUCGCUAAAACCGAGUCCGAGUCGGGAGAGGACGAGUACCGAGUCUUUAGCGGGAGCUCGGACGGGGAGGUGAGGGUGUGGCAGGUCAGGGUUGGUCCUCUCUAA